UUAUACUUUAAGUGGUUUUGAAACCAGUACUUUUAUACUUGAGUAAAAAACUUGAGUUGAUACUUCAACUUCUACAGGAGUAUUUUUAAACUCUAGUAUCUAUACUUCUACCUGAGUAAUGAAUGGGAAUACUUUUGACACCUUUCAGAUCAUCAGGGAGACCAACCUCUGACCUCCCGCCCUGUCUCAUCGCUCCACUAUGGGCCAGAGGACCAGCUUUCCCGCUCCUAACCUCUUCCAGAGCUUCAGCUUCUUCUCUUUUAAACGCGACUCACCCAGACGGAGGUCCUUCCAUCGGCCCACGCUGGUGCGCCCAGGCAUGUUCACGACCCCGACCAGCAGGACGAACAUCUGCGCACCUCUCAUCAGCAGCUGCAUCGCCGCAGCCUCGGCCAGAACCCAGGAGUACCUCCACUUCCAGGAUCCGGAGGACAGGUUUCACCCAAGUCCUCAGGUCUUCCUGAUGACCUGCAUAUCCCGGAGCGCCAGCCUCGACAUGACCGAGACCUUCACCUGCACGGUCAUGACACCCGAGCAGCGGGUGCUCCUGGGUGCUGACUGGGUCUGGACGGCGCUGCAGCCGCCCGCCCUGACCCCCAGGACCCAGAUUGCUGUGCGGGUGCUGCACCUUCCUGGGAGGGAGGAGGCCGCGGAGGCUGCAGCCGCCACGCGGGCGUGCAGCGAGGCGGUCCGGAUGGCUCAGGCGGAGUCCAGCCACAAGAACAUGUGCGAGAGGAUGGUGGACUUCUGCACCUCAGUCGGCAAGGACUGCUACGCCCUGUUUCUGUUCUUUGGGAGGAAGGAUGACAGGAAGAAUAUCUACGGCGUCCUCAGCAACAACUUUGAGGCAGCCAUUGGGAAAUGUGAGAAGAUAGACAGAGAUUUGAUAGAGAACUUCUUCAAAGGUUUGAGGUGUUUUCAGACGACCUCUGGGAUGAUGGAGGCGGUUGUCACCAGGAGAACGGACGAACCCCUCACCCUCAUGAUCAGAUUUACCUGAAGUGCCUCACAACGGUGGUCCAAUACAUGUAUUUGAAAAGAAAAGUAGUACAUUCAGGGUGUUGGUGGUAGUAAAAACCAACACUAGUAGAGGUUUUCUACCGUUUACUGGCAGUCUUGUAAGAAUGAAGGAAUUGUUGAUCGUGUAUUAGGAAAAAAAUACACUUUUAUAACUUAUAUAGUUUAUUUAUAAACACAAGAAACGUCCCAACUCGAUAACUAGACAGCUCCCAUGCAUACAUUGUAAUAAAGCCAAGUUUUUGAAGAAUACAAAGUGCUUCCUUGAGCUGGCAUCAUCUGGCCAGCAGGGGGCGCCACCUACGGUACCAAAAUCACAUCCAUUGGCUUGAGAAACUGGAACAUUUUCUUUAUUCAUUUUUAGGUUAGUUAUUAUGUUUAUUGGACAGGAUUUCUAUUUAGUAAAUGUAGGUCUCAUGUGAGGAAGGUUCACGGCUGAGGGUGAGUUCCAGGGUUUAGUCGCAUCCACUGUUGUCAUUUCUUGUUUCAAAAGGCAAAGAUGUCAACAGCUAAACUUAAGGUUUCCUGUUAAAAUCAUCUUUUACAUCAGAAUAAUACAUGACUGUUCUAAGAUUAACAUGAAUAACUUCUUUCAUCUGUUGAAUCAGACCAAAAGGGCUGGAGGGAAUGAUUUGGGCCUCUUCUGCUCGUCUUUUGUUUGGCGCCUGUUGUUGAGGGGGAGUUGUCAUUGGUCGUCAGGGGAAACUGCAGCAAUAAGUAAAGCCAGUUUUAACAUUUGCGUGGCCUUUUUCUCGACGUCGACAGUUGAAGAAAAAGAAGAAAAUGAAGAGCGACGGCCUUAUUUCUGCCAGACAGAUUUGUCCUUUGAUGAUCUCAUACAGACUUGUUUAAAAGAAAAAAAUAAUAAUGUAUUGACU